AUGUCUAGGAGGAUCACGGGACGCAAUCCACCGAGUUACUUAGGCCAGGAGGAUCCAGAGGUUCUCGAGAGUUGGAUCCGUACGUUUGAUAAGUUGUUCGAUGUGGUAGGAUGCCCGAUGGACGAGCGAGUGGACGCUGCUGUGUACUACCUUCAUGGAGAGGCCGACCAUUGGUGGGUGAUGGAGGGACCGACUGCUCAGGCGAGAGAGGGGUUUGACUGGGAGAUGCUCAAGAUGGUACUGAGGGAGAGAUUCUAUCAGGAGCAUGUUAAAGCUGCCAAGUAUGAGGAGUUCUUGCAUCUUGAGCAAGGAAUCUCGACUGUCCAGGAGUAUCAUGCCCGCUUUGUGGCGCUAUCUCAGUUCGCUCCUACCUUGGCACCCGAUGAGGCUAGUAGAGCUCGUAAGCUUAUCCGAGGACUAUACUAUGAUGCCCAGAAGUCAUUCUCCGCGACGAGGUUUGCUACGUUGACCGAAGCCUACGACGCAGCUGCUGGUUACUUUAGGAUUCAACAGUUGCAUCGAGAUGCCAUGCAGGGAUUGAAGAAAAAGAAUGAGGGUGUGGAUUCACAGUCAAACAAGGGGCACAGGUUCAAUUUGACUGAGGGUGUGGAUGCUAUAUUGUAA